AUGUUUGGUCAGGGAUCGGCGCACGUAGCUCGUACCUUAGCGGGUUCCCAUCGUCCGUCUCCCAACGCCAUCCCUGAGAAGUUCCGCACUCUCGCUGGCGCUGCCGUGACGCUCGCUGUCAUGCUCGUCGGCUCUUUCGUCUCAGAGGAGUCGGCCGACAACAACCGCAAGAACCGUGCUGUUUCCAUCUUCGGCCUCAUUGUUAUCUUGUUCUGUUUCUGGGCGACUUCGAACAACCGCAAGCGUAUCAACUGGCGUCCCGUCAUUGGUGGUAUGCUCUCGCAGUAUAUCAUUGCGCUUUUCGUCCUUCGCACCGGUGUUGGAUACGACAUUUUCAAGUUCAUUGCAGAUCGCGCUGGUGAUUUGCUCGGCUACGCCAACCAGGGAACGGCCUUCUUGACUGCCGAGAGUGUGAUUGACCUUCACUGGUUCAUCAGUGGCGUCAUUCCUCCCAUCAUCUUCUUCGUCGCCAUUGUCCAGGUCCUGUACUUCGUCGGCUUCCUUCAGUGGUUCAUUGGCAAGUUCGCGACCUUCGUCUUCUGGGCCCUCCGUGUGUCUGGUGCCGAGGCUGUUGUCGCUGCCGCCACUCCCUUUAUCGGUCAGGGCGAGUCUGCCAUGUUGGUCCGUCCUUUCGUUCCUCACAUGACCAAGGCCGAGAUCCACCAGAUCAUGACUUGCGGCUUCGCAACCAUUUCUGGUUCUACCCUCGUCGCCUACAUCAACCUGGGUCUCAAUGCCCAGGCCAUGGUGUCAUCCUGCGUCAUGUCCAUCCCUGCCUCCAUCGCCAUCUCUAAGCUUCGCUACCCCGAGAAGGAGGAGACCUUGACCGCUGGAAAGGUCGUCAUUCCUGACGAUGAUGAGCAUGAGGCUAAGAACGCCAUCCACGCUUUUGCCAACGGUGCUUGGUUGGGUAUCAAGAUUGCCGGUACCAUUGUUGCAUCGAUUCUUUGCAUCUUGGCUUUCAUCGGUCUCGUCGAUGGUCUGUUGACCUGGUGGGGUGGCUACAUCAACAUUAACGACCCUCCUCUGACUCUCAACCUCAUCACCGGUUACAUCUUCUACCCGGUUGCGUUCCUCCUGGGUGUUCCCCGUAACGGCGACCUCCUCAAGGUUGCGCGCUUGAUCGCCCUCAAGGUCAUCGCUAACGAGUACGUUGCUUUCACCGAAAUGAAGAAGCCCGAGUACCUGGAUCUCUCUCCCCGUUCCCAGCUUAUUGCGACCUAUGCCCUUUGUGGAUUCGGUAACAUUGGAUCCCUUGGCAUUCAGAUUGGUAUCCUUGGACAGCUGGCCCCCAGCCGUGGUGGCGAUGUCAGUGCCAUGGCGAUUUCUGCGCUCAUUUCUGGUGUUAUGUCGACAUUGACGUCUGCCGCUGUUGCUGGCCUUGUUGUCACUCACCAAGUGACAAAUCUCGCUGCCAGUUCUUGA